CAUUGCCAAUUUGACGUUUGUGUUUGUGCUUGCUUGCUUGUUGAUGUUGUCAUGAACAGAAAUUUAAUGAAAUGUUAAUGUUUACGCAUAUUAACAAUUAAAUAAAGUACAUAAACUACGUUGCUGCAAGAUUUUUAUUAAUUUCAAAUGGAUCUAAAUAGAUUGCCUAAUGACAAAAAACUACAGCUGUGCAAGUGGUAUUUCAAAGUGGGAUGUUUACUGCUGCCGUUUGUGUGGGCCGUCAACUCAGUGUGGUUCUUCAAGGAAGCCUUUGUGAAGCCACAGUUUGAAGAGCAGAAACAGAUCAAGAAAUAUGUGAUACUGAGCGGCGUGGGCACACUGGUGUGGGCCACGGCGCUGACCACGUGGGCGGUGGCCUUCCAGCUGCAGCGGGUGGCGUGGGGCGCCACCGGGGACGCGCUGUCCUUCAUAGUGCCGCUGGGGCGAGCUUAGUGCUGCUAUGAGAUUGAGAUCCAAUUUAUUUUGUAUGACAUCAAGUGAAAUAUUAUAAAUAUUUAUUAAUAGGAAACAAAAAAAAUGUAUAACAUAAAUAUUAUAAUUAUAGUAUAGUAGCUGUAUUGGCAUAUAAGUAAGAACAAUAUAUAGUGAUAUGCUGUAAAAUAAUAUGUAGGUUUAGUGUGCACUAAGCUACUGAAGUUCUCAUGCAUAUUUAUAAAUUGUUUGCAUAUGCUCAUGCAUAUUUAAAAAAAUUGAGUUCGCGAAAUCUAUAUACUGAUGCUGAAGAGUUUGUUUGGUUGAAGGCGCUAAUUUCAGGAACUACUGGUCUGAUUUGAAACAUUCUUUCAGUGUUAGCCCAUUAGCCCGUUUAUCGAGAAAGGCUAUAUAAGUAUAUAGUAUCCCCGUAAUUUUACAGGAACGAGAACCACGCGGCUGUAAAACCAGGCGGCGUCAGAUAGUAAUAUAAAAAUGGUGGUGUAGGACAUAAUCUCUGGAUCUACUGAACCAAUUUUGAAAAUUCUUUUACCACAAGAAAGUCGCGUUAUUAGUGAGUGUGUUAUACUAUAUUUCAUCGCCGUAUUCUCUCGGGAAGGGGAAAUACGGGGUCGGUUAGUAUAUUUAUAUAACACUAGCUGAUACCGCGCGGUUUCACCCGCGUGGUUCCUGUUCCCGUAAGAAUACAGGGAUAGUAUAUAGCUUAUAGCCUUCCUCGAUAAAUGGGCUACCUAACACUGAAAGAAUUUUUCAAAUCGGACCAGUAGUUCUUGAGAUUAGCGCGUUCAAUCAAACAAACAAACAAACAAACAAACUCUUCAGCUUUAUAAUAUUAGUAUAGAUUGUAUUAUGUACGUUAAUAUGCGCUCUGCUGAUUGAACUAAUUAUGUAAAUAAUGAAUUAUUUAAAUAAAACACAUUUUUAUACGGAAA